AAACAAACCUCUUUUUUCUUUUUCUUCUGAAAAUUACUUUCUCUGCACAACAAAACAAGAAACACAAUUCACAACAAAAAAAAUUGUUCCAAAAUGUAUUUCACAAAACUCAAUGACUCGCCCAUGUUCCGACAACAGCUUCAGUCCCUGGAAGAAAGUGCAGAAUCGUUGCGCUCGAGAUGCUGGAAGUUCUACAAAGGAUGUCGAAAGUACACGGAAGGGCUUGGAGUGGCAUAUGAUGAAGAUAUAGCAUUUGCAAGUUCCCUAGAAAAUUUUGGAGGAGGGCAUAGUGAUCCUUUAUUUGUAACUUUAGGUGGACCGGUGAUGACCAAAUUCUCUGUUGCUAUGAGAGAAAUUAGUACAUACAAGGAGCUUCUUCGGUCACAGGUGGAGCACAUGCUCAAUGACAGGUUACUGAACAUUCUAAAUGUUGAAAUCCUUGAUGUCAAGGAAGCUCGGAGGCGUUUUGACAAAGCUUCUCUUGUAUAUGAUCAGGCUCGCGAGAAGUUUAUGUCACUGAGAAAAAGCACUAAGCUUGAGAUUUCCACUGUCAUAGAAGAGGAUAUGCACAAUGCAAGAACGUCAUUUGAGGAAGCUCGUUUCAAUCUGGUUAGUGCUCUUCAUAAUGUUGAAGCGAAGAAGCGAUUUGAGUUUUUGGAGGCUGUCACUGGAGUUAUGGAUGCUCAUCUUCGAUACUUUAAACAGGGAUAUGAGUUAUUAAAUGAGUUGGAGCCUUUCAUUAUCGAGGUUUUGGCUUAUGCACAAAAAGCAAGAGAAAGUCACAAUGAGGAGCAGAUUUCUCUUUGCGAAAGAAUGGUGGAGUACAAAAAACUAGUUCAUCAAGAAAGUAAGUUGUCCUUGAAUGGCCCUUAUGGUUCUCCAAGUGGAGAAGGUGUGCAUGUGCAGCCUUUUUCCAGGAUUUCAAAUAAAGUGGUAGAUGCAGUAACAGAAUCCGCCGCAGAUGGAAAGGUUCGAAUCAUUAGGCAAGGGUAUCUCUCCAAACGUUCCUCCAAUUUGAGAGGUGACUGGAAGAGAAGGUAUUUUGUUCUUGAUAGUCACGGAAUGCUUUACUACUAUCGCAAACCAUGGAGUAGUUCACAGAGUGGAAAUCAAUCAUCUUCACAGAGGAAUAGUGCUACUGAUAAUAGUGCUGGGAUUCUGAGUCGGUUGCUUUCUUCUUCGCAUCACCAUGGAGUUGUUCAUGAUGAAAAAUCUGUGGUACGCCAUACGGUGAACUUGCUGACAUCAACAAUCAAGGCUGAUGCUGAACAGUCAGAUUUAAGGUUCUGCUUCAGGAUUAUUUCACCAUCAAAGGUUUUUACAUUACAGGCAGAAAAUGCCCUGGACCAGAUGGAUUGGAUGGAACAGAUAAAUGGAGUAAUUGCCUCUUUAUUGACACUGGGGAAGUCUUUCCCAACUGACUCGGAAAGUGGUGACUCUGAAUCUACCAGCAAGUACGAUUCAUUACAAAAUUCUCCAGUUUAUCGAGCUGUCAGCGGAGAUUCAUCAUACAAGGACGUGGCUACUAGUAGACCAUCUGAAGACUUGCAGAGGAGUAGGCCGAGUAUAAAAAUUGAAAAGCCAAUGGAUGUUCUUAGAAAGGUUAGCGGGAAUGACAAAUGUGCUGAUUGUGGUAAACCUGAACCAGAUUGGGCAUCCUUAAACCUUGGAAUCCUUAUAUGCAUUGAAUGCUCUGGUGUUCACCGUAAUCUUGGUGUACAUCUAUCAAAAGUAAGAUCACUAACACUUGAUGUGAAAAUAUGGGAUUCCUCAGUCUUAGCCUUGUUUCAGUCACUGGGCAAUCUCUUUGCAAACUCAGUUUGGGAGGAGCUGUUGCAUUCGACAAGUACUUCGCAAACUGAUGAUACUCCUGAUGGUUCAUCAAAGGCAAACACAAAAAAGUUAUUUCAUGCAAGAAAACCAGCACAUGAUGAUCCUAUUUCACUAAAGGAGAGGUUCAUUUUUGCAAAGUAUUCUGAGAAAGUCUUUGUUCGCCGGAUGACAAAAAACCACCGUCUCCUUUCAGUGGCACAACAGGUGUGGGAAAGCAUCUGCAGCAACGACAAGAAAGCCGUGUAUCGACAUAUUGUCAAAUCAGAUGUGGAUGUCAAUGCUAUUAGUGGAGAAGCAUUACAUGGAUAUUCUUCCAACAUGCCUUCUUCAAGUAAUUCAGAUUCAGAAAUAUCAUCUAAAAGUAAAGAUCAACUAAUUGGGGACAUACAAGAAGGUGCUAGAGUGUUACACCUGGCAUGCCUAACAAGCGAUGCUGUAAUGGUAGAGCUGCUCAUACAGUGCGGGGCGGAUGUAAAUGCUAUUGAUUCAAGAGGUUGUACACCACUGCAUUACUGCAUUAUGAGAGGGAACAAUGCAUCUGCAAAAGUGCUUAUUUCAAGGGGGGCAAAUCCAACAGCGGUUGACAAAGAAGGCAAUACUCCUCUUAAGCUUGCAUGGGAAUCCAGCACUGUUAGCAAAGACAUUUUUGCUCUCUUAACAAGCACAAGCAGAUAGUAUUCCUUCAAGACUUACUACAAGGGGUCAGAAAAAUCCAUGUCUCAUUAUAGAGAAAAUUGAGGACCACAAAGCUUGUCCAAGGCGCCUGAAGCAGGUUGGCUUGUUUUGCUGGGCCAAAUGUUAAUGUUUAUCAUCUUCUGUUGUAAGAUGGGACAGGCUCUGUAAUGGGACAACUUUGACCAAGUUUUGCAACGUUCAUCCUUUCUGUUGACAAAAAAUAUAUAACAUUCAUCAUUUUCAAA